AGUACAGAAUUAGUCAAAUCAUGAUUGAUUCCAGGACAGGAGUUGGCGGCACUUUAAACGUUUGUUUGCGGACCGCCAUGAAGAAGAAGAAAACCUCGCCAACAACACAACGUCAAUCCCGGAAAUACGACACGAACAAAGAGGAGAACAACACGAGACUCAGUCGUAUCGAUUGUGCUGUGGACAAACUACGCGAUUCUCCUCUCCUCCUGGAACCCAAUGAUCCCGUUGUUGGACAGGCCUUCACCUUGUCAUCAUCGACUAAUGGGACAAUGGAAGAAGAGAGCCAGGACUGUGUCAGAGUGUCUGACAGCUCAGCUGAGGCUAUGGAGGAGUUAAGCAUCACAGAGUGUAGAGUAGUGGACCAGAGCCUGUGUACUACUGAUCCUCCCAUGAGGUCUCUUGACAACUUUGAAGCAGAAAUCUACGAUCAUGAGGGCAAGGGAGCAUACAGGUUCCAGUGCCCCAGUGCAGGUCUGUUCCAGUGCAGUAUAACAGGCCUGGUGUUCAGGAUGGAGGGAGAAGGAGAGGUGCUCUAUAGGACAGUCCACUGGGACAUGAGGCUUCUUUCCCAGAAUGGAAAGAGGCCUGCAGGACCCCUGUUCAACAUCGACUGUCCUCAGAAGUCUGUCUGUCAACUACACCUCCCACACUGUCAGAUUCAUUCUGAAGAGGAUGCUCAGGCCUAUCCUCCUGCAGAAGAGGAUGCUCAGGCCUAUCCUCCUGCAGAAGAGGAUGCUCAGGCCUAUCCUCCUGCAGAAGAGGAUGCUCAGGCCUAUCCUCCUGCAGAAGAGGAUGCUCAGGCCUAUCCUCCUGCAGAAGAGGAUGCUCAGGCCUAUCCUCCUGCAGAAGAGGAUGCUCAGGCCUAUCCUCCUGCAGAAGAGGAUGCUCAGGCCUAUCCUCCUGCAGAAGAGGAUCUAUCCUCCUGCAGAAGAGGAUGCUCAGGCCUAUCCUCCUGCAGAAGAGGAUGCUCAGGCCUAUCCUCCUGCAGAAGAGGAUGCUAA